UGUUAGAAAGAGAUGGUGGUUUGCAACCCACUAGGUGGUCUAGUGUGGAAGAACAAGUUGCAAAAACUCUUUAUAUAUUAACACAUAGUGCUAAAAAUCAUGAAGUCAAUUUUUGGUUUAGGCGUUCUGGUGAGACAAUUAGUCGUUAUCUUCAUACAGUUUUGAUGGCUAUCAUUGAGUUAGAAGAAAAAUUUGUUGUACAACCUAAUGGGUCAACAAUCCCCCUUGAAAUUCAAAAUGAGAGUAAGUUCUUCCCAUAUUUUAAGGAUUGCCUUGGUGCUAUAGAUGGAACACAUAUACGAGUCAAGGUGCCUUCUGUCGAUGCUCCUCGAUAUCGUGGUAGGAAGGAAUUCCCAACACAGAAUGUGUUAGCAGUAUGUACAUUUGACCUAAAGUUCACUUAUGUGCUUCUUGGAUGGGAAGGCACUGCAUCUGACUCACGGAUUAUUAAAAAUGCAUUAGUAAGGGAAGAUAGCCUUAAAAUUCCUGAAGGUAAAUAUUAUCUUGUGGAUGCUGGAUUCAUGUUAACAAGAGGACUUUUAACACCUUAUCGGGGAGUUCGUUAUCAUUUGAAAGAGUAUUCAAAAAGAAAUCCACCCCUAAAUCAUAAGGAGUUAUUUAACCUUCGACAUGCAAAGUUACAGAAUGCAACUGAAAGAGCUUUUGGUGUUUUGAAGAAAAGAUUUACAAUUUUGUCGAAUGCAACUGAACCUACAUAUGGCAUCAAAGUUCAAAAAAUGAUAAUAUAUGCCUAUGUAAUUCUUCAUAACUUCCUUAUGAGUGCUGACCCUACUGAAGAUCUUAUAAGAGAAGUUGAUAGGGAACUUCUUCAAUAG